AUGCCGUCUCGAGCCAACUCUCCGAGCAGCAUUGCGUCCGCCGACUCGUUGGUGGACAUUCCCCAAGUUCUCCACGUCCCGCCGAACCGCCUUCGUGAGGCGAUGUGGCUGCGAGCCCCUCCAGCCCACAGCGCCCGCCGCACGGAGGGUAGCUUUCUCCCGGACAACGACGUCCAGCGCGCCCCCUGCGACUGCCGCAUCCCGGCCCUCUUUCCUCUCCUCGUCGCCACCCCCGACACCCCGGAGGCCCCCCUCCGCGUGGUUCUCGAAGGCGACCCAGACGCCAUCUACCAGGUCGUGACGUCACUCUGUUGUCCACACGUCGGAGAUCGGGUCGUUUUCUCUUUCCAUUUGGCCGGCAGCCUGCAUCAGACGAAUUUCGAGGCGCUUUGGGACGCCGGAUGGCAGGGGGAGGCCAACCCAAUGCUGUUCCGUGUGUCUGUCGACACCGUAAACGUGUACAAGAUCGUGCGAGAGGAACUUGUGGGCGUCGUUGUACCGGGAACUGUGACUGUGAGGGAGUUUGUCGGUGCGUGCUUCUUGCUGGAAGAUGAGUACGCGGAGUUGUUGGAGGAGGAGGCAGACGGGGGGUUCGACCGUGCGUUGUUGGAACUGGCGGGAGAAGAAGGAGAAGAGGAGGAGAGAGAGGAAGAGGAAGAAAUGGUGUUCUUGACGGAAGAAGAGGAGGAAGAGUGGCGGCUAGAGAUGGAGAUGGAGUGA